AUGGGUCCUCCAGACUUUAGGUCCCCUAUGCUUGAAGUCGCGAGGCCUGUUGAGCCUUCGCAGAGUGGAGAGCAGCCAUCUGCUGAGGCUCGUCAAGGUGGCCAGCAACCGUCUGCUGAGGCUGGACCAGGUGGACAGGAGCCGUCUCCAAACCUGGACAGACUGCUUAGGGCUCCACUUCCGUCACCUCAAGUUCGCGUCGUGCCUUGGUGGUUUCCCGUUACAGAAAUGAGCCAACCUAUCGUCUUCUACCUGGAGACAUGGGUGGUAGAGGAGAUACUUGGUGCAAACCAAUCCACCAUCAACGAACUGGAAUGGCUGAGUCAGGCCUUGCUGCAUGUGACCAAGUUGCCCUGUGGGACAGUGGCUGAAAUCACCAUCUUUGGACGGCCUCGAGAGCAGAAUCUCCUGAAGGGCUUUCUUCUAAGCCUAGCAGUGUGGUACAAAGAACUUAAGGUCAAGCGAGCUGAGAGGAUGCAGCAACUUGAAGAGUUUUUGAAGAACCAUGAGUAA